CGCAGAGGUCCGGCGAGACCCAGCACGCACGCGUCGGGUUCGAGCACACGCGCCGCACGCAGCGACGCAGGGUCGAGUCGACGUUUCACGAGCCGAGGGAGGUCGCGCGCGAGGCGAGGCUUCCACAACUCGAAGGAGAGGAAAGUGGGCAUCAGGCCACGUCGGGCGCGAGUAAGUGAGGAGCCAUGUUCGCCGUGAUGGGAAGGACCGCGCCCGCGUCCGCGAUGUCCGCGGGGCGCGUCGCCGUCGGGGCGAGAAGGACGACGGUCGCGAGGGUGCCGCCCGCGGCGGGUGUCCGACCCUCGGCGAGGUCGGUGGGCAACAAGGCGCGCCUCUUCGGGGACGACGAUCGCGCGCAAUCGCUCGUCGCGAGGGCCGCCGAGGACGAGCCCGCGGCGACGUCCGCGCCCGCCGCCGGUGAGCCCGAGUUUGCGUUCGAGCCCAAGAGCAAGAGCAAACGCCCGCGUCGCGACGGUUCCAAGACGAAACGCGCGACGCUCAAGGUGGAGGGCCUGGCCAUCGAAGCCGCCAAGGGCACCGCGCCCGUCACCAUGCAGUCCGCGUCCGAGGAGGCGUUCAUCCUCUUCCUCCUGGCCUACGUCGCCGUCAUCUUCCUCGCGGGUCUAGUGCUGGCCAUCUCCGCGUUUGGCGUCCUCCCGGAGAGCGUGGACGGCUGGGUCACCGAAACGCUCUACCCGGCGUACUCCCCAAUCGUCGUCGGCUUCCUCCUCUUCUCCUCCGUCUACGGCCUCAUCAAGACCAGGAGCGACCCGGACUCGGCGUCCGGCAGGUGACGGCGAGGCGUCAAUCGCG